AUGGCUGAGGCCACGGAGAACGGCCACCCGCCCGUUCAGGACGAAAACACCGCACCUGAGACCACGCAGGAGCAGCAGCAGCAGCAGCAGCAGCAGCAGCAGCAGCAGAACGAAGAGAAUGAGGAGAAGAAGGACACAAAUGGAGAGAUGAUCACUGUCUUUCACGACCCAGAACACUUCAACGUCAAGCAUCCUUUGAUGCAUGAGUGGACACUGUGGUUUACCAAGCCCCCCAGUGGCAAGGGUGACAACUGGAAUGAUCUGCUGAAGGAAGUCGUCACAUUCGGUUCGGUGGAGGAGUUCUGGGGCAUCUACAACAACAUCACACCAACCUCUGAGCUUGGACUGAAAGCCGACUACCACCUCUUUAAGAAGGGCGUACGACCAGAGUGGGAGGACCAGCAAAACAAACACGGUGGCAAAUGGUCUUACUCGUUCAAGGACAAGAAGUCGGUGCCGAUCGAUGAUCUUUGGUUGCACGCUCAGCUGGCUGCCAUUGGCGAGACUCUUGAGAACGAUGACGACAAUGAAGUCAUGGGUGUCGUGGUCAACGUUCGCAAGGGCUUCUACCGUAUCGGUUUGUGGACCCGGACUGUGGGCAAGAGCAUCCCCGGUGACAAGUUCAAUGAGGGCCGCUCGGCCGCGAAGGGCAAGGAAGUUUUGGAGAACAUUGGACGGAGAUUCAAGGAAGUUCUGCGGCUGAAAGAUACGGAUGUUGUUGAGUUCUCUGGCCACACCGACAGCGCGCACAGUGGCAGUACGAGGGCAAAGGCCAAAUACACUGUCUAA